AUGAAGAUACUACUGGUGGGUGACGAAAAAUGCGGCAAGACGACCUUUUUAUCGCGGCUCAGCGCCAGCGAGACUGUGAACCCGAUUCAGCUGCGGCGCGACAUUGACCAGCCGUUUAUUUUCAACAUCAAUCUAGGCACCGCAAGGUAUCGGUUUGAGUUCCGAGACACAUCGAGUCCUGAAAACUGGCGUCUGUUGGACCCGGACGUCAUCGUCAUUUGCUAUGACAUUAGCCAGCGGCUGAGUCUGCUCAACAUGAAGCGCUACUGGAUUGACGAACUGAAGAAGACCUUUCCUCGUAUUGACGGCCUCCCGAUCAUCAUUCUUGGCUUGAAGCGCGACUUGCGGUCUGAGACAGACCCCAACGGCAUCAUCUAUCCCCAGGAGGCGUAUCAGAUGGCGCAGAGUUUGAGAGCCGAUCGCUACGUGGAGUGCUCCGCGGUGACGGGCGAGCUCGUCAAGCUCGCAUUUGAAGACAUUUGUUCCACGGCGGUCAAGACAACCGGUCAUAGCGACGGUAAUUGCAUCAUUCUUUGA